CCCUCGUCAUGUGACCUCCCUCCCCACCUCGCGCUCUCUCUCUCUCUCUCUCUCUCUUGCUAUUUCUCUCUCUGCGCGCAGGCAUACCACAUUCCAAGUCGCUCCUCUCUCCUCUGUCCCGAUUUAGCUCAGCGCCGAGCUGAGCCCCCACGCCGUCCAUUCGCCCAUUGUUUCCGCGGCGGCGGCGGCAGCAACGUGAGCCAAAGCGAGGGCCGUCCAAUUUCCGGCACGGCACGGCCCGAGCCUACAUUACCGCUCCAGCCCCCGGCGCUGCAAAGGUUUGGGCGCUGCGCCAUCCAUCGCGCCCGCUGCCCGCGCCGGUUGGUUGAUUCGGGGGCGCGGUCCCUCCCGGCCAUGGCGCAGCUGCCGCCCAAGGUCCCCGCCAUGGCGCCGGCCUGGCCGGAGUUCGGGGACGGGCACCACCACAGCGCCCACGCCCACGCCCGCCACCACCAUCACCAGCGCAGCCCCUCCAUGGGCGCCUUCCUCGCCGCGCCAAUGCCGCCGCUCCCGCCCGCCAACGGCGGGGUGCAGCAGCAGCCGUCCUGGGUCGACGAGUUCCUCGACUUCUCGGCCGCCAAGCGCGGCGCGCACCGCCGCACGGUCAGCGACUCCGUCGCCUUCCUCGACGACGGCAAUGCCGGCGGCGUCGGGGCGCACGAGUUCGACCGCCUCGACGACGACCAGCUCAUGUGCAUGUUCUCCGACGAGCUGGCCCCGCAGCGCCAGGCCGCCAGCGCGUCCUCGCCGUCCGAUCACAACAGCGUCAACGACGAGAAGCAGGACAGGGGCGACGCCGAGGAGGCGCAGAGCGACUGCAAUGGCGACGACGGCGCGGCGCCCGGGCAGCCGUCCUCGCCCGCCACAGCCGAUCCCAAGCGGGUCAAGAGGAUCCUUGCAAACCGGCAGUCGGCGCAGCGGUCGCGCGUGCGCAAGCUGCACUACAUCUCGGAGCUCGAGCGCAGCGUCACGUCGCUCCAGACGGAGGUGUCGGCAUUGUCCCCGCGCGUGGCAUUCCUGGACCACCAACGCUCGCUGCUGACGCUGGGGAACAGCCACCUCAAGCAGCGCAUCGCGGCGCUCGCGCAGGACAAGAUCUUCAAAGACGCUCAUCAGGAGGCACUGAAGAAGGAGAUAGAGAGGCUGAGCCAAAUCUACCAGCAGCAGCAGAGCCUCAGGGACGCGCAACCCCCAGCGGACGGCGACGGCCCCCCGGUCCGCGGCGACGACAACGACGGUCUGAUCGCCGGCGAGGGGACCGCCGCGGCCUCGUGACCGAGAUCCGGCCCGUCGGCCUCAGGACAACCGAGUGUUGUCGCUGUUGUUAGGAUUUGGUGCACUGCAUUCAUUGGCUUGGGUUGGGCUUGCAUUUCCUCGGGGUGUGGUGUGAUUGAUGUGUAUGUAACUCAGCCUGUUCAUGCUGCUUAUUUGUUCAUUCUUGCGUCCUCCGUCUGCUCCUGAUCGCUCUUCUCCACUUCCCCUGAUCUGUAAUUUUUUCUCCGGCAUUUUGGGCGAAGGUCGUAGCUAAGGAUUUGUAAAAACUCGGAUUGGUUGAGGUCGAGUGGUUCCAUUGCUUGGCUGGUUUCCUUGUAUCUUCUGGUCAGUCAAUCAAAUGCAAUGUUUUCUCUCA